UUACAAACAACCCCACCGGGCGCUCACAACGUGCAUCGUCGUACAGCUGCUGGUCCGAUCUCGAAGUCCCUUCCCUGUAUCGCAAGUAUUCUUCCCCAGAAUGAGUUUCGCCCAGCCCAAAACCGUCAUCGAGGAGGGAGACACAGUCAUCUUGUACGUGACGACGAACGUGUACGCCAUCGAGGCCGUUCCGCAGAUCCGGAACAAGAAGAACGAGAUGGUCGAGUACGUGUUCCAGACGAACUUUGGUGCGCUCAAGGUGAAGGAUAUCAUCGGGGUGCCGUACGGGUCGAAGGUUGAACUCUCGAAGGGAUGGGCCCACGUUCUGCAGCCGAAUCCGGAGCUGUGGACGCAAACGCUGCCCCACCGGACGCAGAUUCUGUACACGCCCGACAUCAGUAUGAUCCUGUACCAGCUGGAGAUUAAGCCCGGCAGCGUGGUGAUCGAGUCCGGGACGGGUUCUGGCUCGCUGUCGCACUACUUCCUGCGGGCCAUCCGUCCACACGGGUAUCUGCACACGUUCGACUUCCACGAGGAACGCGUCCAGAAGGCACAGGAAGAGUUUGACUCGCACGGUUUGGGAGAGUUCGUCAAGGUAACCCAUCGAGACGUCUGCCAGAACGGGUUCGGCGAGGAACUUAACGGGAAAGCUGACGCGGUGUUUCUGGACCUUCCCGCACCUCAGCUGGCCAUUCCACAUGCCGCGAAGGCAUUGAAGAAUGAAGGUGGCCGACUGUGCUCCUUCUCGCCCUGCAUCGAGCAAUCGCUGCGCGUGUGCGAAGCCCUCGAGCAGCACGGCUUCGUGGACGUGCUCAACCUGGAGGUGCUGCAGAUCGAGGACGUGGUCCGGACGAAGAAUGUGCCCGUGAUGGAUCUGGAGUUUGUCAAACACAAGAAGUCGGAGUCGGACAAGGACGCAAAGACGCCCAAGGAAACCAAGAAGUACAUUACGUCGAACGCACCGAAUACAAUCGCCGGGCACACGGGCUAUCUGACCGUAGCCGAGUUGCCACCACUAUUUGCACGAUGAUAAACAUGUACGGUGAAACGAAAAGACAUAAAUACAGAUUGCAAUUUCUAAAAA